AUGGUGAAUCUGAGUCACCCUUCCGAGUUUCUCCUCAUUGGCUUCUCCUCACUUGGUGAGCUCCAGGCCCUGCUGUAUGGACCCUUCCUUGUGCUCUAUCUUCUGGCCUUCGCUGGAAACACCACCAUCAUCAUCAUGGUCAUAGCCGUCACCCACCUCCACACUCCCAUGUACUUCUUCCUGGGUCACUUCUCCCUGCUGGAGAUCCUGGUGACCAUGACAGUCGUGCCCAGGAUGCUCUCAGACCUGUUCACCCCCCACAAGGCCAUCUCCUUCAUGGGCUGCAUGGCCCAGUUCUACUUCUACUUCUCCCUGGGCUCCACCUCCUUCCUCAUCCUGGCCGACAUGGCCCUUGACCGCUUCGUAGCCAUCUGCCACCCCCUACGCUAUGGCACACUGAUGCGCUGGACGGUCUGUAUUCAGCUGGCAGGGGCUGCCUGGGCAGCUCCCUUUCUAGCCAUGGUGCCUGCCGUCUUCUCCCGAGCGCAUCUAAAUUACUGCCAUGGCAACAGCAUCGACCACUUCUUCUGUGACAAUGCCCCUCUGCUGCAGCUGGCCUGCUCAGACACCAGCCUGCUGGAAUUCUGGGACUUUGUGAUGGCCCUGGCUUUCGUCUUCAGCUCCUUCCUGGUGACCCUCAUUUCCUACGGCUACAUUGUGACCACUGUGUUGAAGAUGCCCUCUGCCAGAGGCCGUCACAAGGCCUUCUCCACGUGCGGGUCCCACCUCACCCUGGUCUUCAUUGGCUACAGUAGCACCAUCUUCCUGUAUGUCCGGUUGGGCAAAGCACACUCUGUGGAAGUCAACAAGAUGGUCGCCCUGGUGACCUCCUUCCUGACCCCCUUCCUCAACCCCUUCAUUCUUACCUUCCGCAAUGAGACUGUCAAGACUGCCCUACGGGAGCUGCAGAGGCUGAAGGGCCUCCACAGGGCAGCAUGA